CACGUGCUGAUGAGGCUUCACACCAACGCUGUCAUUUCUUUGGACAUGUGGACAGUCCUGAACCCAUCACGGUCCGGUGCUCAUGCCCUCUUCCCGCGUAUAAAAUGCCGCAAGACGUGGUAAAAAUGGUAUUCUUUGACCCAACCUGUUUCUUUCUGCGUGAUGUGGUUCCUGUCUACAGUCCUGCCUUGUGUUGCGUUGGCAUCUGCAAGACAUGCUCUUAUGCCCCGCGAUGGUACAACCCUGUCUAAAUUGGUGCUGUCUGGCCCAGCUUCACUCCCAAUGGAUGCGACACCACCCUUGAAUCCCGCUCUCGCAAGCUUCAGUAUUGAAACUGCCUUCUUUGAAGAAUAUAUGGGAAAUCAAUCCUAUCCAAACACACUCUCUCAGAAUCUCUUCGAGAACCUAAAGGAGAGGACUGGUGUUCCAGCUGAAGUGCGCAUUGGUGGCAUCACCGCUGACUCGACAUUCUGGGAUCCUAAUCAGGAGGCUGCGCUGUACAAUUUCAUCGACGGCACAGGUGCACUGAGAAACACUACGCUUGGACCCCAGUUUUGGAAUUCUGUGAAGCUUUUGCCUGAAGGGACGAAGAUUGUUAUGACGCUCGAUCUAGAGAGCUUGAAUUAUACGGGAGCUCUUGAUAUGGCUGAGGCGGCAUGGAAGGGUCUUGGCUCACGUCAAAUCUCUCGCUUUGAAAUAGGAAAUGAACCAGAUCAGUAUUACCUCAACCUUGACGCUCAGAACUAUACGGCUACGUGGGAGCCGUGGACUGUCAAUAUUUCGAAGGCGUUGGGCAUCAAUUACCCCGAGUUCCAAGUCGGGGCAACUGCUAUAGACCCUUUGUGGCCGUAUAACACGCCGCAAGCAGAUGCACAGUUUGAUUGCGUUAGUGCUCUAGCUGCUGGGGCCAACGAUGGACACACUGUCACGACCUGUAGCGAACACACAUACCAGUACAGCGUUUGUGACCCCAUUAGGGCUCCUGUCGCUACGUUAACCAACCUGGUGAAUCACACACGCUUGGCCGAAUAUUUGGAUCUUUGGCAGCCCCGUAUCCACAGCGUUCGCACCCAACUCGGACCCGACGCCUUUGUUAUCGGGGAAUUCAAUUCCGUCUCUUGCUCUGGACGAGCCAAUGUCAGCAACACAUUCGGUCAAGCUAUGUGGCUGUUAGACACGACCCUCUAUGCGGCUUCGAUCAACGUCUCAUGUGUGUAUGUGCAUCAAGGUGGGCCUCUUGCGCUGCAGAGCUCUACGCAGCUCAAUCACGGCGGACUCUCACUCUACAACCUCUGGUACCCUGUCGAUAAUCAGAACGGUCCUAUCCAAGUGUUCCCAUCAUACUCGGCUUACCUAUUCGUGACAGAGGCCAUUGGUCAUUCGAGGUCGCUGCGCCUUUCAAACAUCUUCCCAGGGCGACAGGCUAAUGGAUCCUCAAUUACAACCGCAGCUGGUGAUCCCUCUGCUGGCCAGAUCUCAGUGUACGGUUUCUGGGACGAAAUAUCUGCCAACAGCCAUGAUUACCCCACUAAGCUCGCGCUUUUAAACCUUGAGAUAUACAACCAAACAGAUUCGUACCCUCGUCCUAAUAUCACGAUCGACAUAUCUGCGUAUUUGCCGAAGAAGACCCAAGAAGUAAUGGUCAAGCGGCUGACAGCCCCAGGAGCUGAUGUCAUAUUAGCCAACGCGACGACCUGGUCAGGGCAAACUUUUGCUUCUGGCGUCGCAGAAGGCAACAUUGUGGAGGAAAAAGUGUCCAAUGGACAAGUGGUCAUCGAGGCUUCUUCUGCUGCUUUGGUGUAUUGGUAAACGCAGUGUAGCAUGAAAUUUGUACUCAUCAUAGGCUUUGCUAUAGGAGUGAGUUGGCU